GUCCGGUGGCGGCGGCGAUGGUCAAACGGGCGGCGGCGCCCGGUCCGGCGACGGCGCUCCCCGUGCUACGGAGCGCGGGUCAGACGCCGUUCACGGCGGCGAGCUCAGCCUGUGGGAGCUCUGGGCGUCGUUCGCUGCCCGUAAGCUCGCGUCGCUGCGGCAGCGGCGAGCGGCGGCCGCGGCGGCGGGCCUUGCGCGGCGAGCGGCGGCAGCGCACGGAGCGGAGGGCCGGGGUGACUCUGCGGCCGUGCGGCCGCGGGUCUGAUCGCUCGCGCGUGCGGGCGGUAGGUGCGCUUGCCUCCGCUCUCGACGGCGCUCUCCCGGCGCCCCUCGGAGACGGGGCCGCCUCACCGUGGGCGCUGCACGGCCGCGGAGAUAGAAUUCUCCCCGGCCACUUCCUCGAGACCACUUGGCCCGGCAGUUGGGGCGGCGAGGCGGUGGAUGGCUGUGGGUACGUCUUUGCGUGGCACGUGCUGCCGUACUUUUGAGGGCGGCCGAGCAGUGGUGCUGCCGCGGUGCCGGACUUUGGAGGGCGAGCAUGCACCUUUGCACGAUGGUCGAUGCAGCGAGAGUGUGGGGUCGCGAGGGAGCAGCCUGCGCACACGUAGCGAGGUCGCGUCCUCGCGAAUUCCGACACAGGAGCGAGGAGGCGUGUCGACUGUCGUUUGUCGGAGUUUUCCGUGUGUUUCUGUUUGAGGCUCGCAGCAGACUGCACGACGGAGAGUCCGUCUCAGAGUACCUCUGAGCUCUGUGAACAAGCUCUGUG